ACCAGAGAUGUCACAAGUCUCAAUUUCUCAUUUGGAAUCUCAAAUGGAUGUCACUGAGGUAAGUAACCUGGUCCAACCCUGAGGAAUUCAAGGAAGGAAAAGAAGUCUACUGGUGGUUUCCCAUCCCUGAUAUGCACAGGAAAUGAAGAGAUCGCCUGGCAUGGUUAGAACUGAGAAACUGUUCUGGGUGCUCUUCCUAAUCCCACAUCUGGGCAUCAGGAAUAUCAACGGGGAAAGAACAUGUAGAGAACAACUGUAUGUAAAGAGAUAUUCCAGCCACACUGUGCCAGCAGGGAGUUCAUUUGAACUGGAGUGCCCUGUGAAAUACUGUACUAAGAAACCUCAUGUGACCUGGUGCAAGCUCGAAGGAAAAAAUUGUUUACUUCUUGGAUAUAAACUUCUGGGAUACAUGAAUUGGAAAGAAAAUGAGAGUAUUUCAAUUUUUGUUCUUCAUUUCAAUCGCAUCCUGGCUCAUGACACCGGUUCAUACCGCUGUUCUGCGACUUUUACAUCUGGAGUUAUUGAAAGCCAUUCAAUAAUCAUUAAUGUAACAGAACGGACUCAAAAUAAUUCAGAAUACCCUCUAAUAAAUGCAACUGGUGCCUCAGGACCACCCUCUCUGGAAGUGAUGGAGGACAAACAAUGGAUGCUUUAUAGUUUGCUUUCUUUGGGGGCAUUGCCUCUGUUUGUUACUUGUUUGUACCUAUUCUUCUGCCUGAGAAGGCACCAAGCAGGAAGAAAGGAGCCUUCUGACAUAGCAAGAAGGGAAAUUAACCUGGUUGAUAUUCCCCAACCCUUUCAGAGUGAGGAAACUGAUGUGGGAAUCAGGCAAAAUCCCCAAACACUGCUAUCAGAAACUGGUCCUUAUGAUAAUGACCCCUGGUUCAAGGUCCAAGAAGAGUCUGAAGUUUAUUCUAACCCAUGCCUGGAGGAAAACAAACAGGGCAUUGUUUAUGCUUCCUUGAACCAUUCUGUCAUUGGAAUAAACCCAAGACAAGCAAGGAAUGUGAAAGAAGCACCUACAGAAUACGCAGCCAUAUGUGUGAGGAGUUAAAUUGGAUCUUGAUCUCCAACCAGUGAUCACUGAAUGAUCUGCAUGUCCACACAUUUACUGAGCCCAACAAAAGGUCAAAAAAUAUUCCUUGACCUGAGAAGCUUCACUUUAAGGAGUUUCAUGUUGGUGCUUGGGUCUUAAGGGACCAUAGGACAAAUGACUAAAAUUUCUCCCCCAAAUUCUGAGGGAACUUUUUAUAUGAUACCCUUGAACAACAACACAAAAACCCUUCCCUCCAAAACUAAGUGAUAUUAUGAAUAGCAGAGUGGUAGAACACUUAAACUUAGCCACAUUUUACCAAUGUACAAAGUUAAUAUAUUUUUUGGAGGAUAAGAGACACAUGUAAGUAAGAGAGAUUUGUGUUACCUGGAUCACUUCACUACACUUUCUUGACAAAGAAAGGAUGUCCCAAUUUGACUAACUAACCAUCAACCCAAUAAUGAUAGUAUGUUUAUUUCUGGUCAUUCUUCUGUGAUGAGAAAUAUUCCUCUGUCCAUCUAACACUGGGUUUUGUUUUUUUUUAAAUGUAAAGAAGAAGUAAUUUUAGACUUGAUAUAAGAAAAUAAUGGAAAACAUAAAUGGCUCAGUGAAGAUGUGGACUAUACCAACUGCUGCAGAGCAGACGCUCCCUGUACCAGGCAUGCAAAUGGUUUUAUCUACCCUAUUACAUUGCUGAGCAAAUAUAGGUCGUAAUGGAGCAAUUAAUGUGCGGUGCAUUUAUAAACAAAGUUGUGACUCAGUGGCUGGGUCACAUGGACUAAUGUAUAUGAAUGUGAUAUAAUGCUGCUGAAUUAAUAUACUUGUGGGUUUUUAAAUAAACAUAAAAGUAAUUAUCAUUAAGCAAGUGCAGAUUGAUGACUUAAACUGCUUCAUAGUUGAUCUGAUAGCAAAUGAAAAGCACAGUUCAUGGAAGGGAGAAGAGUCUUAAUAUUCAUUUGGCCAGCCCAGGUUACCAUACAUUCAUCAACCACAUCUGUAUCUUGCCAUUCUUCUUACUCCUUUCUCAGGAAAUCAGGGCAAGCCAUCCAGAGUGAAGUGGUGCAGCUUCAUAACAAUUCAUUUAAAAAUAUUGUAGUUGUGGAGCGCCUGGGUGGCUCAG